AGUGUUACUUAGUCUAAAAAUCACGUGAGUCCAAUUUGUCCAAGACCCGCAAGCCCAAACAUCAGUCAUCUCCUUCACAGGAACCCUAGAUCUGAAACUUACCUUGACUCCGCUCUGCCACGGCUGAGAAAAUAGCGACGCGGAAACACGCUCGUCUUCACGACCCUGCGAUCCAGCGCGGCGUGUCCUGCGAUUCCUCUCUCCGACGAGUCUCCGCAGGGUGAAGAAUUGCGAGGCCAGCCGCCGGUGAAGAAUCGCGCGAUUCGUCUGGAAAUCGCGAUUCAAGCACGAUUCACCCCCGAUACAUAGAUUCAACCACGAUUCAGGAACAAAAACGAGACAACCUUCGAUUCGUAUUGGUAGAAGCUGGCAUCGUAUCGAAUCGUGCGAUACGUAUCGGUAGAAGCUGGUAUCGUAUCGAAUCGUGCGAUACGUAUCGUGAAUCGUACGAUACUAACUACCGUGGUCUGAACCAUUUUAAUUUGUGGAUCAAAUAACAAGGCUCCUCGGUUAGAAUUCCUGAUCGGUCAUGGCUGAUUUUCAGACCUCUACCCACAGAGCCAAGUGGAUUUUCUCCCCUCAACAGCUGGUUGAGAAAUAUAGAGCUGCCAAUCAGAGAGCCAAACAAAUUCUAGAGAAGUGUGGAGCAACACUAAUGGAAGUAGAUGUUGAUGGGUCGUUGUCAUAUCCUGAACCCCAAAUGACUGCAAAGGAUAGUGCUGAAAAGCAUUCUCGAACAAAACCUCUUACUAUUGAAGAAGAACAAUGUAUAAAGGUAUUUUAUGAAAACAAGCUACAAGAAGUAUGUAACAAUUUCCGCUUCCCUCAUAAGAUCCAGGCAACAGCCCUUAUCUAUUUUAAAAGAUUCUAUCUGCAAUGGUCAGUGAUGGAACAUCAACCAAAACACAUUAUGUUGACCUGCAUAUAUGCUGCCUGUAAAAUAGAAGAAAAUCAUGUGUCAGCUGAGGAGCUUGGUAAGGGGAUAUCACAGGAUCAUCAAAUGAUUCUCAAUAAUGAGAUGAUAGUUUAUCAGAGUUUGGAAUUUGAUCUUAUUGUGUAUGCACCAUAUCGCUCAGUUGAAGGUUUUAUAAAUGAUAUGGAGGAAUUCUUUAAUGCUGGUGAUAACCAGCUUGAAAUGCUCAAGGUACUAGUAAUCCUAUUGUUCAAUACUUUGCAAGAGACAGCAAGAUUUGAAGUUGAUAAAAUGAUGCUUACAGAUGCACCACUUUUAUUUCCUCCUGGGCAGUUGGCCUUGGCUGCUUUACGCAACUCAAAUGCACUCCACAGAGUCAUUGACUUUGACAGUUAUCUUAGGGGUAUUUUUUCCCGUGAGAAUUCCAUGCAUACAAUGUCCGAGCUUUCUGAAUCACUGGAUGCAAUUGAUUCUUGGGUUAGAAAAUACAAAAGUCCUUCUGAGAAGGAAUUGAAGCAUAUCAACCGAAAACUGAAGUCUUGUUGGGGUCAUCACUCUCAUGACGAGGGCAAGAAGCGGGAGAAGAAAUCAAAGCACAAGUCCAAAAAGAGCUCAAAUGAAGCUCAAAAUAUGCCAUCUAUUGCCUAGCUCAUUUCAUAUGGAUGGCAAUUUUUUUUUGUUUCUAUUUGGAUACAAAAAAUGACUCGGUCAGUGGCCAAAGGAAAAGGAAUCUUUUGAAAACUCCUUCCGCUGGCUUACUAGUGAGUCUGAUUUUGUUGCUUCACUUAUGUCUUCUUUGUUCCCAAAUGAACUUAUUGCCUGAAAAUGCUUCGAUUAAAAAUUCCAUGCUCGUGGUGUUUUUAUUUUGCUUA